CCUCCAUGCAGAUCCCCAUGGGCCCCGCCUGCAUCUUCCUGAGGAAGGGCAUCGCAGAGAAGCACCGGGAGAGACCCCUGGGGCAAGAUGAGAUUGAAGAGCUCCGGGAAGCCUUUCUGGAGUUUGACAAGGACCGGGACGGCUUCAUCUCGUACAAGGACCUGGGGAAUCUCAUGCGGACGAUGGGCUACAUGCCCACCGAGAUGGAGCUCACCGAGCUGGGCCAGCAAAUCCGCAUGAACUUGGGUGGCCGCGUGGACUUUGAGGACUUCGUGGAGUUGAUGACCCCCAAGCUGCUGGCAGAGACAGCGGGCAUGAUCGGCGUGCAGGAAAUGCGGGACGCCUUCAAGGAAUUCGAUGCCAACGGAGAUGGGGAGAUCACACUGGGGGAGCUGCAGCAGGCCAUGCAGAGGCUCCUGGGGGAGAAGCUGACCCCCCGAGAGAUCGCUGAGGUGGUCCAGGAAGCUGACAUCAAUGGCGACGGCACCGUGGACUUUGAAGAGUUUGUGAAGAUGAUGUCUCGUUGAGGAGUUCC